AUGGUGCCAUCGCAAUCGGCGCCGGACAAUCCCCAGGAAUCCGCAAAGUUCCCCUCGAGAUCUUCGGCGAGGCUCGAUGAAGAGCCCGAGUGGGAUCAACCAGUUCGCUCUCCCGCCUUCGACUCAGCUUCGUUGCGCCAUCCUUCGCAAAAUCUUGCAGAGCCUUCCUCUGAAAAGACGACUCCGCUGCCGCUACCUCUGGCAUCGCCACGAACCCUUGGGCCUCUAUCGCGAUCCAACACCGGCGGGGUAGUCGAACCGCCUCUCAACUCUGCAAAGUCCACCUAUGGACACCACCGCCAGACAUCCAUCGUCCACGGGAUCCAACACUCGAGAAAUGGCAGCGGCGCGAGCUCUUCAUCCAACCCGCUCAGUCCUCAGAUGAUUGCAGCAGCUGGCCUGGGGCUUGAACGGAUGGACAUACAAGCAGCUAUAGCACGCUUAGAGGGAGAUGCUGGGCCACCUCGGGCCACCACUGCUGCUAUGCUGGCUGGACAAGCGACAAGCCCCGGCGAUGGAACCUAUACAAUGAAACGAUCGCCCUCUAGCAACGGCGUAACUCCUCCAGGCUCGGCUCCGUCGCGCAGAGCUGAGCGGAUGCACAGCAAGUCAAGGCGUGAUCACCCUUCGCGAUCAUCCCGCCAGCAUCGAGACGAGCAGAAAACCGUAGGCGAAUAUGCCUUACACGUGCUCUUUACUUCUUUCAUUGCACAAGCUGAAGAAAAGCUGAACGAAUGUAUAACCACUCCCUUCGAUCCAGAGCCCCAGAUUGACAAGAUAUGCGGCCCUGGCGUGGACCCGGCUUUCGACCAGCUCAUCGUUGCCCUUGGCCAUAUCGCAAGUCCCAAGCCGAAGAAUCUGAUAGACUCAAUGAUGCUUUGGAGGAAGAGCAAAAGCGAUGCUGCAAACGAAGCGAGGGCGCAGCUGCAACAGUUACGAGUGGCUCACCCGAUCCCACCGCUGUUGCGCAGAAAUACUGAGCCUGUGCCAAUUGGCCCGAUUGUAUCCAAUGGCUCUGAUAGCGGUCUCUCCGGCGGCGGAAUGCUAGCUUCGAAGCAAGAGUAUGUAGCCCAGCAAGAGCGCCGCUCCACUGUCUCCAUCUACAUUCUCUGUCGUGUUCUGCUCGAAGUCAUAUGCCAGAGCAGCUUAGCAUCCAUCACCCCGGAAGUCGAGGACAAAUUAGAGAGCAUAAUUUUUGGGCAGCUCAAGAUUGCCGACAGCGAGCAGCUACUCGCCUCACCCUUGAAGAUGGCAAAUUGGAACCUUUUUACCCUCCUCCUUGGCCACAUGAGCGACAUCAAUUUCGCCGGAGUCACGAAGCGAUUCAUCGAAGAUCUUGAUAGCGCUCUAACUGAGCGUGUGACCAAAAGUCCUACCUCUUUGACAAGCCGCGAUACCAAUGAUGGAAAGAUGGAUCUUGUUAUAGGAGGCAUGAAGCAUCUUCGCAUCAAAAUUUCGCCCGAAGAUGCAUGGGAACAGUCAUGCGACUUUCUAGUGUCGUUGGGUCGUCUUUUCAACAGAUCUCAUGGACCAAGGGUUAAGACCGCUUUUUGCCAAAUCAUCGACCUGCUUCUGCUCGGAAUCGCAUCCAAAGCGAGCAAUAGCCACCUGAUGCAUCCCAAGUGGAUGGAAGUUGUGGCAGCCAUUGGGCCCCGGCUGGCUCAGAUGUUUACAAAGCCACGACACUGGACCGUCGCAUUCCCACUCACGGCCACAAUGCUUUGCGUCUCUUCGCCGGACAACUUUGGAGCGCAGUGGCUGCAGCUGGUUCUGCCUCUGCAGACAAAGGUAAAAGAUCGACUGACCAAGCCUUUAUGCCUACAAGUCAUAUCCCGCCUGGUCUGGACAUACCUGUAUCGUACCAAUGACACCUUCCAAAGCGUGGCGCGGAAGCUAGACGACGUUAUGAAAUUGGUCCUUCCGCCAUCGAGACGGAGCAUUGUUGCAUCUGAUGCCACCAUCACAGAACCUCUGAUUCAGAUAAUCCGCAUCAUUGGUUUCAAAUACCCCGAGUUUUGCUUCCGCACCGUCAUCUUCCCUCUCAUUAAUGCUGAGCUCUUCAUUGCCAAUAAAGAUCUCAGAGUUGAGCAGCUGGAUCCUGACAGGAUUGUAGUCGGCAUUAGGGCUUUCUUGAGUAUCAUGUCAGAUUUAGAAAAAGGAGAGCAAGGCCGACCACCAUUUCCUCAGAUUUACGACUCGAGCCCAACAAGUGCAGAGCGAUUUCCUACAUCGCCAAUGCUAGCACCUCCUCGAAGUAGUCCUACGUCUGGAUCAAGCACUUCGUCAAUGAGGGAAAGCCAUGUCUCACGGCCUGUUCUGACUCACGUACUGACGGAUGGUGUACGAGAAUAUUAUCUCAAAUUCUGUGAAAUCUUGGGCAAGAUAACAAUUGUUUGCGACAAUACAUUUGGUGGCCAGGCUGCUCUGGACGAAAAAUUUGGCAGCCCAGGACCCAAGACUCCAAUCUCCGAAUCUUUUACCUUUUCUCGACGUGAUGAACAUCAAACUGCGGCGGACCAGAAGCAAGCAUUCUACGAACUGCUACAUGUUGCUGUCCAAGCACUUCCCCGCUGCCUCUCCGUGGAUAUACCAUUUAAUUCUCUAAUUAAUCUUUUAUGUACAGGCACUGCGCAUGUGCAGUAUAAUAUUGCAGAAUCUUCUGCCAACUCACUCAAAGCUAUUGCUCGCCAGUCUCAUGCGCAACAGGUCACCAUGGGAUUUGCACGUUUCAUCUUUAAUUUUGAUGAUAGAUAUUCGACCAUGUCUGACGGCGGAAUGCUUGGGGCCAACCAUAUCGAAAACACGUUGCGACUCUAUGUCGAGUUGCUGAAAAUAUGGAUUGAAGAGAUCAGGCAAAAGUCGCGAGAUGCUGCAGCGGGCGAAUCUGAAGGGAAUAGUUCUGAUAACCGAGCUCUGAAGCUGGAUUUAUCUAGCGUCUGGGCCGAAGUUGAUCAGGCUGAGGCACAUGGGCUGUUCUUUCUAUGCUCACAGUCAAGACGCGUUCGAUACUUUGCUAUUACGGUCCUCCGACUCAUUACGGAAUUUGACAAGGCAUUGGGAAAAGAUGCUUCCGAAGAUUUGAGACUGAUCAAUAUUCUUGAAAACGACUCAUCUCAAGUGAUGAAUUUUGACGAUGAACACUUGUCCGUCGCCGAGCGCAGUAGACUGCAGCGAGGCUUGCAAAAUGGCAACGGCAAAGGCGCCCUCAUUGAGCUAUGCACUAGCGAAGUCACGUAUGAUACGACGCUUUGGUUCAAGAUAUUUCCCAACCUGAUGCGGAUAGGCUUUGAGAAGUGCCCAUUUGCAGUCACCAUAUGCCGAGAUCUGAUCUGCAAUCGCGUCCUACAGAUGUACAAGCCUAUUGUGUUCUUGUCCGAACCUACACGAGGCCCUUUCCACACGGGAGAAGGAAUCCACAACAACCGCCCCAUUCCUCGAUCUCCUACUGCUCAGCCAGAAUCGAUAGUAGAGCAGUGGAAGCUGUAUCUGAUUUUCGCAUGCACCACCCUGGCAGACCCAGGUAGCGCACCACAGAGCGUUCCUUUGGAUUCUAUUCAGCACACUCGCAAGUCCUCCAAGCCUGCAUCUGCAGAGAAAGCUGUCACGGCAAGGACUCUGUUUAAAUACUUGAUCCCGCUCUUAUCUGCCACAUCGGCAUCUGUCCGAGAUGCUGUAGUCGUUGCUAUGGGAUCGAUCAACAUUCAUAUAUACCAAACUCUGCUAGAAGAACUCCAGGGCCAAGUAUCCCGCUGCAAUGAUGAAGCUCGUGCGAGGAUCCAUCAGCGAGCAAACAGCAGUCCGCGCAGAAAUCGCAAGAUGGAUCUGCUCAGAACAGAAAUCACUCAUGUCUUCAAACUGACGUCGCAUUUCCUCAAAGAUCCGACCGUUUACCAGUCCGAAUAUUUCCUCAGUACCUUGACGGCGUACGCUAAAGACUUGAAACUGUUUCUAAUGGAUGGCGAGGUGCAGAUGGACUGGGAGUUCCAAAAGCUACGAAGGUAUUACUGUGGGCUCAUGGAAUCGCUGUUUGAAGGAAUCAAUCGGACAAAUGAUCCCUCUCGAUGGAUGACAUUUGAAUCUCGAAAGUCAGCCUUUUCUCUGAUGGAAGAUUGGUGCGGAUUUUCGCCAAAUCAGAAUGAGAUUCGGGCUAGGGAAGACAAUAUGCGGCAGAACUUGAUGAAUCAGCAAUCUUUGGGUGAACGAGGUACUGCCACCGCGGCAAUGGAAAUUGAGAAACGUAAUCUGAGAACCGCCGCCUUGAGCGCCAUGGCGUCGUUGUGUGGCGGGCCAAUCAAUAUCACAACAGAGAGUGGUGUCACGCUGCAGUUUGACAUACGCCGAAUGCUUUCGUGGAUCGAGGCCAUUUUCAACUCGGGCAGCGACAAGAUGAACGUCAUUGGCAGAAGGGCCCUGAAAAAUCUGGUGGUCCACAACAAAGAGUACCCGUAUCUGCUGGAGCACUGCAUCGCGCGCUGUUAUCUGGCUGAUAUUUCCAAAGUCCUCGAAAGUUAUUUCUUGGUCACUGUUGACGUGUUACAAGAGCACCCUGACUACCCUUGCCCCUUUUGGAAACUCCUCGCCCUGUGUCUCUUUAUGCUUGGAGAUGAUCAGAGUGAAGUCAGGUCCAAAUCUUCAACUGUAUUGCGAGUGUUGGAGACCCGUCAGCAAAGAAACUCCAAGAUUCAAGAUUUUGACAUUAGUGUUUCGGACAAAACUCAAGCUGUGUACAAGCUGGCUCAAUUUGAAAUCUCCAAGAGGCUUGCUAACCAGUAUACUGAGCUUGCCUUCCACGUCAUUUCCGAGUUUGCUCUUUAUUUCAAGGACUUUCAACCGGCAGCACAACGAAAUGUUGUUGCGAUUGUCUUGCCCUGGAUACAGGCCAUUGAACUGACGCUGGAUCCCAACGGAGGUCCCACGGCGCAGUCCUACGUUCUCCUGGCGAAUUUGCUGGAAAUCACAAUCAAAUCUGGCGGGGCGCUGCAUAACGAGGUUCAGGCCCUUUGGCAAGCCCUUGCCACCGGACCGCAUCUUGGAAACGUAAGUAUGGUGCUCGAUUUUAUCAUGCAGCUCUGCCUUGAGCGACGCGAACAGAACUUUGUCGAGUACGCAAAGCAAAUCGUCGUCUUCCUCUCCACAUCGGGUAGUGCGCCUGGUAAUAGAGUUGUUGAGUUCCUGCUUACGCAGAUCAACCCCAAAGCCAUGGUUCCCAUCGAGAAGAGAGAGCUGCCUCAGCCACCGCCGGAUACUAGUAGUCUACCAUACUGCGCCGACCUGGCAGAAGCCUUGCCUGUGGGCACCAAGCAAGCUGGAUUCUCUCUCGGACAACUGUCGCUGAUCUUGCUUGUGGAUCUCAUGGUGUCUCCAGUGCAGCUGAGCCCAGAGUGCGUUCCCCUGUUGCUGCAUACCGUCACCGCGCUGUGGGAUCAUUACACCCCGUUGGUUCAAGAACAAGCUCGUGAGAUGUUGGUGCAUCUUAUUCAUGAACUGGUGAUGUCACGCCUUGAUGAUCAAACGGAUCUGGACCGGAAGGAAUCUAUUGAGGAACUGAUAGAUUUAGUUCGUCAGCAUGAUCGUUCUGUCGUGUGGAGCUACGAAGAUAGCAGUGGAAAAGUCUACGAUCACGAGAACAAAGUUCCCCAAAGCAUGGAAUAUCUUACUAACGAGGUUGUGAAGACUUUUGAGGUCGCUUUCCCGGGGAUCAAAGAACAAUGGGGUAGAUUAUCCUUGACAUGGGCUACCUCGUGCCCAGUUAGGCACUUGGCAUGCCGCUCAUUUCAGAUAUUCCGAUGCGUUCUCACAUCGUUAGACCAGUAUAUGCUUGGCGAUAUGCUUGCUCGUCUUUCGAAUACAAUUGCUGAUGAAGACGCUGAAAUCCAAACAUUUUCCAUGGAGAUCUUGACAACUCUUAAGACGCUUAUUGUCAAGCUAGAUUCCGAAAAGCUCAUUACCUUUCCACAGUUGUUCUGGACAACUUGUGCCUGCUUGGAAUCAAUCAAUGAGCGCGAAUUCCUUGAGGCAUUGGAAAUGCUAAAGGAAUUAAUCGGCAAGGUCGAUUUUAGAGCCGCAAAUGUGAGAAGGCUGAUUGCGGAUGGGCAGCCGAGUAAAUGGGAAGGCCAAUUCGAGGGGCUUCAACCUUUGCUUCAUAAAGGCCUGAGGUCAUCUCUGUGUUGGCAGCCAACGCUUGAUAUCAUGGAUGAGCUAGUCAAACUUCCUGGGGACGGCCUCAUUGGAGACGAUAACCGGCUCUUCUUUGCCCUGCUGGCGAAUUUCCCACGUUUCCUGGAUGAAUUGGAACGAGGUGGUCUCUCUCCAGAGGCAAUAAAUACAGCCAAGAUCCUUCUCUCCGAGUCUGAUCGGCAAGGCCUCGAGGGAAUCGGCCUUGUACUAGAUGAUUUGAUAUCCGACCAUUUCCAAAGCUCGGACGAUUUCAUGAACCAGCUUUUCGUGGCACUUCGCGAAUUUUACCUGCCGCACAUGGAGUUCAGGAUGAUGACGUUUUUGAUGGGCUUACUGACCAAUUCUCUCUCCUGGGUCAAGGUUCAGACAAUGCGGAUUCUCUGCGUUGUUAUUCCGGACAUUGAUAUGCGCAAUCCUGAAAUCGCAAUUCAUGGCUCUGACCUCAUAUCUCCCCUACUGCGCCUUUUGCAGUCUGAGUUUUGCAUGGGAGCGCUUGAGGUGCUUGACAACAUUAUGACCAUGUCGGGAAGCCACAUGGACAAGCAGCAUCUGAGGAUGAGCAUGGCUCGCUUGACAUCCAAAGCCGUGCGGAAAGAGUAUGAGCGUGCUCAAAGCCUCUUUGGUAUUCCAGAGCUGUCUGGUUGGGCUAUCCCUAUCCCCGCUCGGAAGACAGAGGCCACGAGGGCCAAUAUACAUGCCGCCUUUUACAUGUGCCAAAGCACCGAAGGUUCUUCGACAGAGGCUACACCUACCGCAGAUGUCGAAUUCCACUCGGAAGAUUUCCCGUAUGGAUAUGGAUAUUUCGACUCUCUGGAGCGGUCGGAGACCAUGCUGUCGGAUGAGGCUCGUGUCGAGGUUCACCCGGGCGAUCUUGUUACGAAACUGGAUAGUCUCGAUGACUUCUUUGACGAACCACCGAGUCCUCAUACGGAUGAUGACGGACGAUCAUCUCUUACAAUCACUGAAUUUUCGCCCGAGUCGUACGAAACGGGGACAGAGCUAUACGACGAACAGAUCCUACCAAUCCUGCACGAAGCAUCCAACAACACAUCAUUUCAAAACGGAUUCGUUGAACGACCUAUAGUCUUUUCCAGGGAGCAUGCUUCCAACACUAUGAACCCAGGAGCGUUUACGAUGGGCAGCAGCUUGGCCCCUCGCGCUGGUCUUCACGCUCGAUCAAUCACUUCGCCUUCCGCGCCUGUUUCACAUUAUCCGCAAGACUUUGCCUCAGAUGACGAACUGGUGGUGAGCGGCUUCUCAGACGCAGACGACGAUAGGAUAGACCUGGGAAGCAUGGAUGACGCGUCGUCGUCGUUUUCGCUGGGCAGCACCUUGCGAGAUCAAAGGCAAGACGUUCCGCAGCCAAGCUAUCUUCGUCUGACGAGCCGAUCUCGGGAGCGCCAGCAACGAGACAAGGCGCCGCCUCAGCCAACUCCCAAGAUUACGAGCAAGUUGUAUUCGACAAACAUGCCUGGAGAAGGAGAUCCUAUUUGA